UCUUUUUCUCUCAAAACUUAAAACUCAGGUUCAAUGAAAGACGGAGAGAAAUCUCUCUCUCUCUCACACACACACACACACACACACACACACACACACACACACACACACACACACACACACACAGAGAUUGAUGAUAAGAGUAGUGUGAGUUAGAGGAAGAAAGGAGGGGAGGAGGAGGAGGAGACGGUCAUCAGUAGAGAUGUGUGAGACGGUAUAUUUGUGACAGAAGUGUUUGUGAGCUUCUGGAACCCGGCGCUCACUCCCUCGCUCGCGGAGAUACGAAGCUGCACCAAACGUGAAAAAACGACAGAAAGAGUAACAAAGGGAGAAAGAGGAAGAGAAGGGUUGUGUGUUUUUCCGGCCUAGAUUAAUGCAAGUCAAACCUCAGAGAACAGCUCGAGCAAAGAGGAGAAACGAACUGAGACGAGAACCAGACGGAGAAAUGCAAUGCUUAUUAAUUACACCUCAGAGUCUUUCGAAUCUCUGCUGAAGGACCUAAAGAUACAUAUGUGACUCUUCCUGAUUUCCUGAAGCUUCAGACACCAACCUGCGUCCCUCAUAUCUGAAAAUAAUUAAUCAUAAGAUCUUCACUGAGGUACUGCAGUGUAACAGGAUGUGCCGUUUUCUCGUCGCUCUGGUCUUCUUGCUGGCUCUUGGAGCUGAGGUGAAACCUCUCAAUGCACAGGAGACAAACAUGACCAUGACAAGCAUUCACAACACAAUCUCUCCAGACGUGACUAGUGAAGGCCUUCUUUCUGUGUAUGAGGAAGCAAAUGUGACGGACAGAUCUCCUGAUACAAGGGAGUUUUUCAGCCAUCAAAAUUCUUAUAUAACAGCCUCUCCAACAAAUACAACCUCUCCAAUGCUUUCAAUUUCUCCAACACCUGCAACUUCUCCAACACUUACAACCUCUCCUACACUUACAACCUCUCAAGUGCUUUCAACUUCUCCAACACUUUCAACUUCUCAGACGCCUUCAAGCUCUCAGAUGCUUUCGAUCUCUCCAACCCUUCAGAACAUGUCAGAACAUCUGACAACUCUAGAGUCUACAAGCGUUCCUGUCUCAGCCAACAUGAUGACAUAUGACAGCUCCACUCCAGUUGCACCUGAAUCUACGUCUCAGCCUGAACAGGAGCAAACCACUACAAUUACCAUCACCACCACUGAACCUCCUCUGACCCAAUCACCAUCUCCAACCAUUCCUGAUUCAUUAACUAUAAGCACAAAACCUAUAGUUUUUACACCUACUUCUGCUUCUGAUGAGGAUGUGAAGACCACUAAGAUCUUACCAGCAACCACACCCUCAACAAUUGCCACAACCGCAGAUACCAUCACCAACAUCCAGGACAAGAUGACCAGCGGCCAAAAUGAUUUCAGCAUAAAUACUGAGGAGACGGGGUCCACUUACAACACCAGUGGAAGUGUGGUUGGAGUCGAUAGCAGUAAAGAAGAAUCCAGAAAAGGACCUAACUGGCUGAUCGUUGGCGUCAUAGCGCUGUUCGUUUGCUGCAUCAUUACAAUUAUUUGCGUCACAGUCGUGGUCAUCAAACGCAGGAAGCAAAGCGGCAAGCAGAGCUUUGGAUUUGCGAAUGGACAGAGGUCCAAGAAGAAGAAAGCAACAGAGAACGAUGUCUGGGCGGGGCCUGUGAGAUUAGGAGGCGUUGACUGUGAGACAUCAGAAAUAGACGACACCCAUGGAGAGGAGAAGGUGGGCGGGGUGGAGACGACGGGUCUCAUCACUUUCAACACUGUAGAGGAGAACGGUGGAGUGGGACGGCCGGGGUCACCUGAAGUCAAUAAGUGGGAGGAGAAAGAACCUCUGCUGUACAUCGACGAGGAAGGGAAGGAGAAAGGAAAAGAAAAGGAGGCGGGAAAGAGCGAGGACGCUGAAGAAGGAAAGUCCGAGGUGAAGGAGGUGGAGCCUGACAAAGGAGAAACGUUCUGUCUCACCACUGCCGUGUAAAGUCUCCACCCACUUUCCCACAAACUGAGAAACCUAGGAAGUUUCCAGAUCUUUCCAGAUUAUUGAUUAUUUCAUCAGUAGAUAAUCAUUUAGAAUUAUUUUUAUAAUGUAAUUAUUACUUUAU